GAAAAAAAGUGUAUAAGAGUAGUUGUAAAACUGAUAAACUGCCUUAUUCUUGCAUUAGAGACUAGUCAAUCCAAACCCUUUCUCUGUAACCUUAUAUUCUCACAAUCCUUUCACUUUCUUCCAAUCAAGAAACCCAAAAUUUUUUGUGACGAUUUCAGCAAAAACAAAGGAGAAAGUAGGAACCAAAAAAAGGGUAUGGAGUCAGUUGUUUCUGAGCUCGAAGGGACUCUUUUGAAAGACCCAGACCUUUUUUCUUACUUCAUGUUGGUGGCAUUUGAGGCCUCUGGUUUAAUCCGGUUCGCGUUGUUGCUGUUGUUUUGGCCAGUGAUUCGGUUGCUGGAACUGCUUGGCAUGGAUGAUGCCGGGUUGAAGUUGAUGGUCUUUUUGGCGACGAUGGGGCUUCAUGUGUCGGAGAUUGAAUCAGUGUCGAGAGCUGUUUUGCCUAAGUUUUACAUGGAUGAUAUUGAUAUGGAGGCUUGGAAAGUGUUUAGCUCGUAUGAUAAAAGAGUUGUGGUGACUAAAACGCCCAGGAUUAUGGUGGAAAGGUUUGUGAAAGAGCAUUUACGAGCUGAUGAGGUUAUUGGAAGUGAAAUUGUAGUAAAUCGAUUCGGGUUUGUUACGGGUUUUGUUAAAGGUGAUAUCGCUUCUAUCUCCAGUAGAACCGCUAAAUUGUUCGAAGAUGAAAAGCCUGCUUUAGGACUUGGAAGAACUGCCUCAUGUUUUCAAUUCUUCUCUCUAUGCAAAGAACAAAUGCACCCACCGUUCAUUACCAAACAAAACCUCCAUGACCACCAGCUCCUCCGCCCACUCCCUGUAAUCUUCCAUGAUGGUCGCCUCGUGAAGCGGCCAACACCCUCAACCGCUCUCUUAAUCCUCCUGUGGAUGCCAUUAGGCAUCUUACUAGCAACCAUUCGAAUUGUCGUCGGUCUAAUGCUUCCAAUGCGAGCCAUCCCCUACAUGUCCCGUUUAUUUGGAGGCAAAAUCAUCGUUAAAGGCAAACCGCCGCCACCCGUCUCCGGUAGCAACUCCGGAGUCCUAUUCGUUUGCACUCAUAGAACCCUAAUGGACCCAGUGGUCUUAUCAACCGUCCUCAUGCGUAAAAUCCCAGCAGUCACAUAUUCCAUUUCGAGAUUAUCCGAAAUCUUAUCACCAAUUCCGACGGUAAGAUUAACAAGAAUCCGAGAAGUCGACGCUGAAAAGAUCAAAUGUGAACUAGUCAAAGGUGACUUAGUAGUUUGUCCCGAAGGAACAACAUGUAGGGAACCCUUUUUAUUAAGGUUUAGUGCCCUAUUUGCGGAAUUAACCGAUCGAAUUGUCCCGGUUGCUAUGAACUAUAGGGUAGGGUUUUUCCAUGCAACGACGGCCAGAGGUUGGAAAGCUUUGGAUCCAAUCUUCUUCUUCAUGAACCCUAGACCGGUUUACGAGGUGACGUUCUUGAACCAACUGCCCGCAGAAGCUACAUGUUCGUCGGGGAAAAGUCCGUAUGAUGUCGCUAAUUAUGUGCAAAGAAUCUUGGCUGCUACUUUAGGGUUUGAGUGCACAAAUUUUACUAGGAAAGAUAAAUACACAGUAUUGGCUGGGAAUGAUGGGACAGUUUCACGCACUUCUUUUGUUGAUCAAGUUAAAAAGGUGGUGAGCACUUUCAAACCCUUUUUUCAAUGAAGAAAAAAAUAAAAUUAUUUGUGUUAAUUUCUUGGAAUAAAUUUAUUUAAUUGUGGGUU